AUGAUGGAGAGCACACUGAACCGGGAACGAUCUGUCCGGGGCGCACGCCGCCAGCGCAUGGGUCUGGGCUCCUGCCCCCAUUGCGGCGGCGACGUGCGCCAUGUCCGCGACAUCUACGGCGAUUACCGCCAGUGCCUGCAGUGCAGCCGGGAAAUCCCGGCGGACCCCGCUCCCGUGAUGGGGGCCGCGCCGGUUGCCCCUCGGGCCACGCCGAAAUCCGAUGAAUUGCUGGCCGCCUGA